UACAUACACAACUUAUUCGAUUGGUUCGGAUAGUUAAACGCCCCUUCUAGCCCUUUGCUUCACCUUCAACCCGAUCAUAGCCAAAUUCCGUAUCAACGCGAAAUUGUUCGAGUUAAAUAAAUUUAAGGUGCACAGCAAGAUGAACACAAGCGUGGCUCCCAAACAAGCGCCACUCGGCUUCCACCUCAAGGCCAGGAGCGGCGAAAAGGCAAGAAAAAUAUCGCUAACCUUCCGCGAUGAGCUGGUGCCGGCCCUCGAAAAAGCCAAGGGGAAAUUGGAGGCAACGUGGAAGGUGUUGGACAUCAUUGUUGCUAAGCCGGAGUAUCGGCGGCUGGCGGAGCCGCUGCUGGAUGUGCUUUACACGGGCGGUCUGCUGGCAGGUGAAGACCGGAAGACGAAGAUUGACUGUCCGAGUUCAGGUGCCACCUACUGUGUGCUGAAAGCGCGCGAGAGUCUGAACGCGUUGCGCGUCUAUGAGCAGCUGUUUUUGAGGCUGAUGAGGCGCCACAAGCAGGUGGAAUCGGCAUUUACGUCACACGCCGCUCGACUUCUCGCCGAACUCAAGACCUUUGAUCCGCAGGCGCGAAGGCAACUGGCUCGCAUUUUCACACUGUUCAUCAUUAAUGGCACACUUAAUGCACGCGUGCUCCUCGCACUGGGCCAGCAGCACUACAUCGACGAGGGACUUACGCUCGAAUUCCUUCUGGAGGUGUUCGCCACACUCAAACGAGAAAAAGGUGCGGCCUUUCUCGUGCAGACGGUGAAGCGUGCUGGCCUUGAGAACAGAAUACUGAGUUUUAUGCCUCCACCUAUGCGCAGCGACCUACACUUCCAUCAGGUGUACCAAGAAAGAGACCUUUCCGAGAUCAUUAAGCUGCACCAAGUGCGUACGGGCCAGGAACUGGGUCGCCAGCUGCGCCUGCGGCUGCUCGAUGAUUUCAACGAACAGGUUCCCCACUUUGAUGUGGUGAGGGGAGUUCGAAAGUUCCAGGCCGAGAACAACAUGUCCGACUCGGAGAUCAUCGGCAUUGUGUUAAGCACGAUCUUCUCGCAGGGGGAGUUGCCCGUGCGCGACCAUCCGCUCACAGAGCAGGACAUCCGCCACGUGCAACCAUACAAUGCGCUACUUAAUGCGCUAUGCAACACGGAAAGGACACAGAUAGUUUUGCUGCUGCGUCUGCAGGAGUACUGCUACGAGAACCCGAGCUUUCUUAAGUCUUUCGAGAAGCUGGUCCAGCAAUUUUUCAAGUCUGGCGUGUUGAACAGAGAUGCUAUUAUGCGUUGGUACCAGACUGACCAUUUGGAUAAGGGCAAGGUGACGUUUCUCGGUCAGAUGCAUCGCUUUAUUCAAACUCUUAAGGCCGAUGCGAAUGACAGCAAUAAACUUAGAAGGGGCUUGAUGCGGCCGAAAGUAUACAGCGAUGUGGCGCCGAAUAACAGAAAGUAAUACGAUACAUAGCGAUCGAAAUUAACAGCGCAGACAUUAACCUUCUGGAUCAUACUGAAUUGUGUACUAAUAAAUACAUUGAUUGUCCAAGCUAGUGACGUGAAGAAGUUGAUCCGAAACAUGAAGGAUAAUGGCGCCAAGCAACAACACAAAACAGACGCAACGGAAAUCAACAAAAUCAUGCAGAUAGCAAGUAUUAACUAAACGAUUGUGCGAUGGCUUAAUACACACCAAAUAUAUUUGAAUGCUUUCACUCCGAGA